AUGAAGGAGGGAGCCGCAUCUCCGCCGAUUGCAGUCGCAGCCGCCGUCGGCCAGGACGCGGCGCUGGCCGGGGGAAUCGCUCUGGAGCAGCAGCGGAGUACCAAGUCGAAGCGGGCAGCUCGAGUGUUUGACCUCAUCGUUGGAGUCUCACUCGCGGCAGCGGCUGGACACAGCAUCGCCGCAGAAACCAACACGUUGCUCGAAAGCACCACCUUUCUCCUUCUCUCCCUCACCGGUGUCGUCCUCUUCCUCGCCGCCUGCGGUCUCUCGUCCAUCCGCUCCCGUGCAGAGUUUCUUGACCACAAGGCGGGAAGGGCGGGCCUCUCCUUCGUAGCCGCGCUCCUGUGCGCCGCAGCCGCGCCGCAGCAGAUACCCGUCUGCACGUCCUACGGCUACGUGGGCAGCGCUGUCGUAACCAACGUUCGAUGGCCGAUGAUUGCCCUCGCAACUGCUCUGCUGGCCAACGGCUUGUACAAUGCCAGAGUCUCAGCUCGCGCGAGCGAACUGAAAAAGCUGGGGCAGCAGACGAGGGGCAGCCAGAGCGGUCCGGCAAAAGGUGUCCCGCUAGUGUAG